CCCCGCUGCACCGCACCCAGGCGCCCCAACCCGCCUCUGCUCCCCGCAACCUGCCCGCCCCCCUCCCCCAGGCCUCGGCAGGCGAGGCCACGUCAGGGGACAUAAAUAAAUAAAUAAUUCCAUUCCGCGGGUGACAGCGAGGCGGGCGAGGCGGCUGCGGCUGGGCUGGGGCGGGGGGACCGGGAGAGCGGCGGGCGGUGAGCGCACCGGGUGCCAGAACCAGGAGUCAAAUGCGGGGUGUGACACUUUCCUGGAGACAGACAAGGAUAUCUGGGCACCGUGAACUCAGAACAGAGCAUCCAUAGAGCUGCCUUGUAAUCUGGAGUCUGCUCUACCUCUCCCUUCAUAUUGCUUUCAAAUAUUGCUCAUCAACAUAAAGUGACCAGGCUUACUUAUACACAGCACCCAAAGAAAUCUCUUAAAGUGGACAUCUGACUAUAGAAGAGGUGCAGAAAUGCCAUCGGAGAGUGGUGUACAACCUCCACACCCCCUCCCUCCUGAUGGAGGGUGGGGUUGGGCAGUAGUUGGAGCAUCCUUUAUCUCCAUUGGAUUUUCAUAUGCCUUCCCCAAAGCUGUCACAGUAUUCUUCAAAGAUAUUCAGGGAAUAUUCCACGCUAGCUACAGUGAAAUUGCCUGGAUAUCAUCCAUCAUGCUGGCUGUCAUGUAUGCAGGAGGUCCCGUCAGCAGUGUCUUGGUGAAUAACUAUGGUAGCCGGCCAGUGGUGAUAGUUGGAGGGUUGUUAUGCUGUACCGGAAUGAUCUUGGCUUCCUUCAGCAACAGCGUGAUACAACUGUAUCUCACGGUUGGCUUUAUUGGAGGUUUAGGAUUAGCGUUCAACCUGCAACCAGCCUUAACAAUAAUUGGAAAGUACUUCUAUAGGAGACGACCUAUGGCGAAUGGCUUGGCCAUGGCUGGAAGUCCUGUUUUCUUAAGCACCCUGGCCCCUUUCAAUCAGUACCUAUUUAACAAUUAUGGCUGGAAGGGAAGCUUCCUGAUUUUAGGAGGCAUAUUUUUGCACUCCUGUGUGGCUGGGGCCCUCAUGAGACCUGUCCAGAAAAGCCCACGUAAGUCGAAGUCUAAAAGUAAGGUUGGUUCAAGACAUGAUGCAAAUAUGAAGAAAGUCAGUAAGGUAUCAACAUCAGAAAAGAUUAAUAGGUUUUUAGAUUUCAGCCUUUUUAAGCAUAGAGGAUUUUUGAUCUACCUAUCUGGAAAUGUCAUUAUGUUUCUAGGGUUUUUUGCCCCCAUUAUAUUUUUGGCUCCAUAUGCUAAAGACAAAGGUGUGGACGAAUAUAACUCAGCCUUAUUGCUGUCUGUGAUGGCUUUUGUUGAUAUGUUUGCUCGACCUUGUGGAGGAUUAAUAGCCAACUCCAGAUUAAUCCGCCCACGAAUCCAGUAUUUCUUCAGCUUUGCAAUCGUGUUCACUGGCAUAGUCCAUCUCCUCUGCCCCCUGGCAGAUACCUACGCAUCCUUGGUGGUCUACGCUAUAUUCUUUGGCUAUGGAUUUGGAAGUGUUAGCAGUGUCCUCUUUGAAACGCUCAUGGACCUGGUCGGACCUGCCAGAUUUUCCAGUGCUGUGGGGCUCGCCACAAUUGUGGAGUGUUGUCCUGUUCUUCUCGGCCCCCCUCUUGCUGGUAAAUUGGUUGAUAAAACUAAAGAUUACAAAUACAUGUACAUAGCCAGUGGGACAAUCGUGGUAAUAUCGGGCAUUUGGCUCUUCAUCGGCAACGCCAUAAACUAUAGACUUCUUGCUAAGGAAAGGAAGAGAGAGAAAGCGCGGAAGAAGAAAUCAGCCGUGUCCAGAGAAUCAGAGGCUUUGAGCAAAUCAAAAGAGGACGCUGUUGCUGUCAAAGUUUCAACUGCAAACACUCCUCCCCCAGACAGAGAAAGGGAAAGUAAUAUUUAACAUGAGUCUCAUCUCAAAUCAGUGUUUAUGAAUUUACUUAUGAGUUUCUUUGUGUUUUUCAAAGUGUUGGAAAGGAUUUUAGCUAAAACAAAGGAUCACAGACAAUAAUGAAACUGAAAAUUUUGAGAUUAUGCAUACAGAAAUUCCAUGCAGUGGCUUAUUUGCAUACCUGACUUGGGGUGUUGUCAUGAAAAAGAAGAAUUUUUAAAUCUUUCAUGGACUUUUACUUUUAACUAUAGAAUGAAAUCUGCAUCCCAGGCUCCUGGCUUACUUAAGCAUAUGUUGAAUUCUAUGCAAUGUCUCUCUUCAAAGCUCAUUUUUCAUUUGACAUUGUUAUGAAGUAAAUUGAGGACAAUUAUAUCUCUUUUCACACACAAAGAAUUACAUAUAUAUCCAUACAAACACUGAGCAUCUGGAGACCAUAAAGAAAUAAACGAAUUUGAAAAAAAAUAUUAUUAUAGUCAUUUUUAAAUAAUAGAAAAAACUUCAGGGAGACAAUGGGAAUGUGUUUUAUUUCCAUGCAGUUUUACAGUAUGGAUUUAAAGUAACAGUACAUGUUGAAAAUCAAGAUGCUAUUAACUUAGAAAAGUAAGUGACUUCCACAACAAGUAACAAGAUGUUUGUAAAGUAAGUUCGGCUAAAAAAAAAAAAAAAGACCCCUUUGCACAAUUACUUCUGUACACUCAUGCUUAAUAUGUGCACACAGUUUCUUCGAAAGGUUGUGAUUCGUGCCUAGUGCUAGAAAAGAGAACAACUCCCCAAGAAACUUCUCAAAUUCUUGGCUAAUGCAUCAGUUGAAUGAAAAUCUUAAUGACAUUGAAGAAUCAGUUGAAUUCCAUUGAUUUAAAAAGUAUCUUAACUCAUAAUGGACAACUUAAUGAUGACUUUUUUAAAACUAGGGCUCAAUUCAGAUUCAGUGUUGUGCUGCGAUAUCCAAGCCAAAUAAACUAGAAUCCUAACUGACACUUUCAAGUAGACCAGGUUCUAUUUUUUUCCCAACCAAAGCAGUGAUACAAGUUCAGUCUUAGGAAUAAUUCACAGGAAUAGAGCUGACAAGAGUAGGGGUCGUUAUUGAGCCCACUAAUAUCUUCUAAUUCUUUACUAAAGGUAAGCAAGAGCAAAACACAAAAACACCUAGGACUUGGAUUCAGUCUCUGAAGAUCUCUCAUGGUAGAGGAGAGAGUGAGAAAGCACUUGAAAAUUCUGCCCUCUACUGAUUUAAACUGUCUGCUGCCUAAGAAGAGAACCAGGAAAUUUGGGUGUGGGGGGUAGGGAGACAGUUCUAGAAAUACAGGCUGUGGGGACUUGGAGGUAUAUAGUUUAUAACCCAGUGUUGACAUGUUGAAGGAUUGUUGCUCAGGUUAAUUUAGCAUGUUCUCCUUUUCCUACGUAAAAGUACCUGGGAUUCAGAAUCAUUCUUCAGACACAUUGGCAGAUCUGUGAUUUCAUAACAUAUAAAUAUCAACUGAAUUUAAAUAUUCAUAUAUGUCUCAUUUAAUUUUAUGAUGACUAGAGGGAACUCAGUGAUCUAUUACUAAGUGAUGCCGCUCUAACAAUGUUCUUGUCUUUUGUUCUUUGCAGUAGAGGUGGGUGCUAUUCUUACUCCUUAUGAGACUCUACCUAGACCCUGUACUUUUACGACAUUGACAUUAAAGGUUUGAUUCUGUCAUGAAAUGUA